AUCCAUGGCCGAAAACGGGCUAAGAAUUCAUUGAGUAACGGACAUUUUCAUGAUUUCUCCGUUUAAAAGUUAUCCAUUUUUGUUGGCCUUUGUCAAAUAUUUAUUCAUUGCACACUAUAAAGUUGUCUAGGCGAAGCUCACACAAAAACCAAAGACAUCACUUUAGAGAGGGAGAGGAAGAGGGAGAGGAAGAAAAUGGCGACCCUUAGAGUACCAGAAGUGGUUCCUUCACCAUCCGAGGACGCCGAGCAGCUACGAAAGGCUUUUGAAGGAUGGGGAACCAAUGAGGGCUUGAUCAUUUCCAUCUUGGCUCAUAGGAAUGCAGCUCAGAGGAAGUUAAUUAGGCAGGUCUAUGCUGAAACUUAUGGGGAAGAUCUUCUGAAAGCACUAAACAAAGAACUUACUAGUGACUUUGAGAGGAUUGUACUGCUAUGGACUCUGGAUCCUGCAGAGCGUGAUGCUUUUUUGGCUAAUGAAGCAACUAAGAGGCUGACUUCUAACAAUUGGGUUCUCAUGGAAAUUGCUUGUACUAGGUCUUCUCAUGACCUCUUUAUGGUAAGGCAGGCAUAUCAUGCUCGUUUUAAGAAAUCUCUUGAAGAAGAUGUUGCAUAUCAUACAUCUGGAGAUUUUCGCAAGCUUUUGGUUCCCCUUGUGAGUUCAUUCCGAUAUGAGGGGGAUGAAGUGAACAUGAUAUUGGCAAAAUCGGAGGCAAAGAUACUUCAUGAGAAGAUCUCUGAGAAAUCUUACAGUCAUGAGGAGCUCAUCAGAAUUCUGACUACAAGAAGUAAGGCACAGCUGAAUGCAACACUGAAUCACUACAACAAUGAGUUUGGAAAUGUUAUCACCAAGGAUUUGGAGGCUGAUCCUGAAGAUGAGUACCUGAAAUUACUGAAAGCAGCAAUUCAGUGCUUAACCUACUCAGCAAAAUAUUUUGAGGAGGUUCUAAGGCUGGGAAUAAACAAGAUGGGAACAGAUGAAUGGGCUCUUACAAGAGUGGUCGCCACGCGAGUGGAGGUUGACAUGGAACGGAUCAAAGAAGAAUACUACAGGAGGAAUAGCAUUCCUCUGGAUCGUGCAAUUGCCAAAGACGCUUCUGGUGACUAUGAGAAGAUGCUUCUGGCAUUGAUUGGACAUGUGGAUGCAUGAGGAAUGGCUGCUGGUUCGAGUGAAAGCCUGAAAUGAAUGAUGCUUCAUUUCUUGCGAUGAGAGUGUAUUUGCUUUUAGUUGUGUUUUGUUAUGUUCCCUGUGAAUGUAGUUUGUGUUGCGUGCAAUAAGUUGUCUUUGAUUUGGAUGCGUGACGAAAUUUCGGACCCGAGCGAUCUCUUGUUCUCUUACUAAUUACUGGAGUUUUCGUGUGAACAAAACAAACUGGGAUUUCUGUUUUAUAUGAUGGUGUUUGUUUUCUCUUAA